AUGGACAACUUUCGCAAAAUCGACAUUGACCAGUACGAUGAGGACGUGAUUUCGAACGAGGAGCUGGUGGAGCCAUAUCCCAAGUCACCAGAACAGGCACUAUCAGAUGCCAAGGCAAAGUCGAUCGAGGUUAGGACGUUGAUCGGACGAGGAGAUAUUGCAGGAGCAUUGGCCCUCAUUCUCACAGAUUACCCUUACGGACCCAAUGUUGUUGAAGCAAAGACCAUCACAUUGCAAUCGCUACUGGAGAUCGUCAACAGCACCAAAUCGAGCGACAUCCCAGCUGCCGUCAAAGCGACCUCACUCUACCAGCGUGACGCACUCAUGAAGUACCUCUACAAGGGUCUCGAACUCGGCGGCGAAGAAGAAGGCAUCAACUGCGCUGUUCUUCUUGGCUGGCAUGAACGCUUGACGGAGGUCGCAGGAACAGGAUGCAUCGUUCGUGCCAUGUCGGAUCGUCGUACUGUUUAG